UGUACUGUUAAAAAUGAUCCACCUCGUUCAGGAAAUGAAGAUAAGAUCCGCAUUGUUCUCAAUAAAUCGGACAUGGUCGAUCAUCAGCAGUUGAUGCGUGUAUACGGUGCCUUAAUGUGGUCUCUAGGAAAAGUUUUCAAGACUCCUGAAGUUUCACGAGUCUAUAUCGGAACCUUCUGGGAUCAUCCACUUCACUAUGAUAUCAACAGACGCUUGUUCCAAGAUGAACAGCAUGAUUUGUUCCAAGACCUCCAAGCGCUGCCACGUAAUGCAGCUCUUCGUAAACUUAACGACCUCAUUAAACGAGCACGCCUAGCGAAGGUACGUUUAUGCUUGUUAGCAGUUUAUAUUUCUCUGCAUUUGCUGGGCAAAACCAUCUCCAAUGGAAAAUGCGAAAUCAUUUUGAAGAGGGGUUUUGCUGCAGAAUUUUCAUGA